AUGUAUGAGUUUGCAAAUGAGAAAAUAAGAGGAUUAAAUGGAUCAAAAAUAAUUAGAUAAGACAAAACAAAAUAUAGAGUAUAAAUCAAUUAAUAAAAAUUAGAGUCACAAUUAUUUUUCUGUGAAUCCACAUGUUCGGAUGCUGAGUCAAUUAUUCUAAAAAAGUGCAUAUUUAACAUAGUUUAAAGAGAUGCUCUUUUUAAGUCUUUAGUAGAUUUAUUUGCGAACUUCGUAAAUUCUAACUGUUUUGUAAUGGAUGCAACCACCAAUCAUUUGUAACUCAAGAAAAAAGAGAGAUCAAUAAUAUUUAAAAAUUAUACAAUAUGCUUAAUAAACUAGAUAAUUAGGAAUAGUGCCAGAAUAAAUCUACAUUAUCGAAAUAGAAAGAUUACUAAAAGUAAUAUAAAAUGACAACAAAGAAAUAACUUUAAAAAUUCUAUAUGAGCUAUGUGUUUCCAUGAAUUGUAUUAUCAGAGGCAAAUAGGAAUUUGUGUUGUAUGACAAAUUUUUUGCUUAUUUAUACCAUCAGUUUAAUUCAUCAUAUGAUUUCGUUUUAUAGUCGAUUUAACAAAGAGAGUUUAUAAAAAAAUCUAAAGAAGAGCAGAAGUUGAGUAAAUUAAAUUAGCAUGGUUUAAGAAGAAUAGGAUAGAUAUCAACUUUAAAGAACGAAUUUUAUUUAGAAGAAUAACAAAGUGAUGGUAUCAGCAGUAAUCCUUAAUUGUUGUCUAUAGAUACAAAUUUGAAGCUUCCAAAUUCAAGAUUAUAAUCAGGAAAACUAUCAUCAUAAGUUUAAAAUGCUGAAUAAGCCAUACAAGAUUUAUAAAAAGAAUUGAAAGAUUAUUACAAUAUGUAUGCAGAAUAUUUUUAUGAUUCAGUAAAAAACCUGAUCUAAUUUAAAGGCGGAAAUGAAUCAUUAAAUUAUAAAUUUCUUGGAUUUAAAUUUAGUAUGAAAGAUAUAUUAUCACUAAAUGCAAUAUAUUAACAUGAAGAGUGUGGAACAAAACUUUAUUUGCAUUAAUACUAGUUAGUACCUGUAUUAAAUGAAAAAUAAAAUACUUUAACAAAAUACUUAACCUAUCAAUCAUUGUUUAAUAAUAAUAAUAAUAAUUAGAAGGAAGAGUAAGUGGAAAAUUUAUAAGAGUUUCUUAGAUAGAGUCCACCUUUAUCACCUCAGUAAUCCAAUGUUCAUAUAAAAACUGAAACAAUUCAUCAGUAGACUCAUAGUAAUGAAGAUAUUAGAGUGGAAUAUGAAGAUGGUAACUUAAAUGAAUAUGAUAACUAAUUCGAUGUUUUAUUAGAUUUUACAUUAUUUGAUCCUUAGACUACUGUUGAAUACUAAGUAUACUCUGUUAAUAGUGAAUGUGUGGCAGGAAUUAAGAUAGCUUUUCCUGAAGAACAAAGUUGUUUUCGAUUGAUUUAAUUUCCAUGUAUUGAACCACAAGAAGGAGGUUAUGAUUGUCAUACUUAUUAAUUUAAGCCUUUAUCAAAUAUAAAAGGAUGUUAGGUUGAACUCAUUUAGAUGACUCCAAGUAAGAGAUUCAUCAAAAAUUUUAUAUUAUUGGUAUUAGAUUCAGAAAACCCAUAAGAUCCAAAUAAACUUAAGUAUUUUAAAUUUGACUUUAAAAAAAAUUAAGAAAUGGGUGAUAUUUAAAAUUUACAUGAUUAGAUUAUGCCUUACUUUAAUGAUGAUUGGAGAAAAUCAAAGUUUCCUCUUUAUGUAAAUUUUCUCUUUUCUCAUCUUCCCUAAGCUUAACAGAUUUAAAUUGAAGCUUAAUUGAAAAAAAUCACGUAUGCAAUUAAUACUAUGUUCCCAUAUAUUGAAUAUUUAGAGAAUAAAAAGAAACUUAUGUAUUAAAUUUAAUUAAGAUUUAGCAAUCCAAAUGUUUUUGAAAUGUAUGUGUAAGAAUUAGGUCGAUAUAAAAAUAGAGAUUAAUAUUAGAGAACUGUUUUUAUUUAGAUUGAAAAUUGGUAAUAAAUUUUACAGGACAGAAUCAUUGAUAGCAUAUUAGAUAAUAUAAUUAUUUUUAUUUGGAAUGGAGGAUUUGACAAUAGAAAAUUAAAGUGA